GCUCGCGUCCUCCCGAGGGGCCAUGGCGGGGGUCGUCUGGAGGCAGUGCUUCCCUUGGGUGCGACUCUGCAGGAGGGCCUGGCUGGGCAACAUCCGCCACUACCGCGCCGCGCUGUGCACCGAAUUGAAGCAGCCUCUGGCCAUUGAGGAGGUCGCCCCUCGCCCUGUCCAGCCUCACGAGGUCAGAGUCGAUGUCCAUUUCUGUGGAGUUAACUUUGCUGAUAUUUUGGUCUGCCGUGGUCAGUAUCAGGAAAAGCACCAAGUUCCUUUCACACCUGGAAUGGAGUUUUCUGGGACCGUGUUGGAGACAGGCACAGAUGUCAGCACCGUGAAAGAGGGAGAUCGAGUUGUUGGUGUGAGUGGCUUUAAUUGUAUGGCCGAAGAACACAUCGCUGACCAGAAGGCACUGUGGCAGAUUCCAGAAAGGGUCUCCUUCCAAGAAGCUGCUGCCCUGCCUGUGUCUUACGGCACUGCUAUUUUGGCCCUGGAGCAUCGGGCAUGCACCCAACCUGGAGAAACCGUUUUGGUGACGGCGGCCGCCGGAGCCACAGGCCUUGCAGUGAUAGAUGUGGCAACAAAAGUUCUUCAGGCCAAGGUGGUAGCUGCAGCUGGAAGUGACGAGAAGUGUGAGCUGGCCAUGCAGAGGGGCGCACAGGCCAGCGUGAACUACAGCCGGGGAGGCCUGAGGGAGGCCGUGAGGAAGCUGGUGGGCAGCGGCGGGGUGAAUGUGGUCGUGGACACCGUGGGAGGAGACAUCUUCCUGGAGGCUCUGCACAGCUUGGCGUGGGAGGGCCGGAUUGUGGUGGUGGGUUUUGCUGGAGGAACCAUUGCUUCCGUGCCGACCAAUCUCCUGCUCGUGAAGAAUAUCUCUGCCAUAGGGCUGUACCGCAGCCGAUACAGAGACCAGAACUUUCCCGCCUUCUCCAAGAGCCUGUCCUCCGCUCUUCAGUACUGCCAGGAAAGGCGCAUCCAGCCGCACGUCGGAGCGAUAUUUAAGCUGGAGGAGGUCAAUGAUGCCUUCCUUCAUGUGACACAGCGCAAAUCCACGGGCAAGGUGCUUAUCUCCCUCAAGUGAAUCCUCACCAUAGCAGCAAGCUCAGCAUGUCCAAACCAAAACUCAUCAUCUCCCCAAAAACCUGAUUUCUCACCUACGUUGCUAACAGUGUUAUCACCUUCCCUAUUACUUCGGGUUCAAAA